AUGCUAUACCCACCCUCCUUCAGUCACGGCAAUCCUCCGGCACUGCCUUCUUACUACGAAACCCUCUCCCCAACUCGAAUUGAUAAUGCCUCCCUCGAACCGCCCAGACUAUCACCCGAACCUCGAGGGCUUGCCUCAACUCAAUAUGAAUCAGCCAACUCGCCCAUUGAGCAGCCUGCAGGGUCAGGCCCCCGCUAUCCGCUGGGCAAUGGUCGUGCUGGAGCUGGCUCCCCGUCCAAGGAACACGGCAGUCCUCUCUCCCCCUCGCGGUACGGCAUCUACAUAUCCCCACCAAAACAUACGUUGCUUGAGCAUUGGAGCUCACUUGGCAGCAGCGCACGUGAGAUCCAGCAGCGAGAAGGUCUGACGCCGCACAUUUGGGGACCACCCACGACUGGCAGUGGACACUCCACACCACUACGAGAAACUAUUCCAGAGUCGCCCGGCAGCGACAGCUUCCCUGACCUCGACGCUGGCCAAGCUACUGGCGGCCGUCCGAACGACUCCGCAUCCUCAUCCUCGCCAAGAACUCGAGCGGGCACUGUUCCCUCGCGCUUCCCGGUCAUGGCUCCCCUCAAUGGCUCGCCACGCCCCGCCUU